CUUAAUUUGAUUUUAUUUUUCAAAAAAGAAUCUCUCCAACUUUCCCUCCUCUCUCUCAAACUUCAUUUUCUCACUCUUUUGCCGACCAAAAUCGAUCACCGAUUUCUUCUUUCUCUCUCACAUUGCGCUUCUUCGAUAAUGCAAGACUUUCUGGGAUCGGUGAGGCGAUCAAUAGUAUUCCGUCCACCACCGGAUAAUCAAGAAUACGGCUUUAAUCCACUGACAGGUAACCUAGUGGACAAGUUAAAUUCUUGCAUUCGCAAAUCCAGAAUCUUCUCCAAACCCUCUCCUCCAUCACUUCCAAUGGCGCCUACGAUCCGAUAUCGUAAAGGAGAGUUGAUUGGUUGCGGUGCAUUUGGCCAUGUUUAUAUGGGCAUGAAUCUUGAUUCUGGAGAGCUCUUGGCGGUGAAGCAGGUAUUGAUAGCAGCUAAUGGUGCUUCAAGAGAUAGAGCACAGGCUCAAAUCAGAGAGCUUGAGGAAGAAGUGAAGCUGUUGAAGAAUCUAUCUCAUCCCAACAUUGUUAGAUAUUUGGGUACAGACAGGGAGGAGGAAGCCUUAAAUAUUUUGCUUGAAUUUGUUCCUGGGGGAUCAAUAUCAUCGCUUUUGGGGAAGUUUGGACCCUUCCCUGAGGCAGUUAUAAGAACAUACUCAAAGCAAUUGCUUGUCGGAUUGGAGUAUUUGCACAAUAACGGAAUCAUGCACAGGGACAUUAAGGGGGCCAACAUCCUUGUUGAUAAUAAAGGGUGCAUUAAACUUGCAGAUUUUGGCGCAUCAAAACAAGUUGUUGAGCUGGCCACUAUUUCCGGGGCAAAGUCAAUGAAGGGCACUCCAUAUUGGAUGGCUCCAGAAGUCAUUCUGCAGACUGGCCAUAGCUUCUCUGCUGAUAUAUGGAGUGUCGGAUGUACAGUAAUAGAGAUGGCCACCGGAAAGCCUCCAUGGAGCCAACAAUACCAAGAGGUUGCUGCCCUCUUUUACAUAGGAUCAACAAAGUCACAUCCAGAAAUCCCAGAGCAUCUCUCUGCUGAAGCAAAAGAUUUUCUGCUCAAAUGCUUGCAAAAGGAAGCAAAUAUGAGGCCAGAUGCGUCUAAAUUGUUGCAGCAUCCUUUUGUAAUUGGCCAGCGUGAAGCAUCUGAUCCUGUUAUUCGCACUCCUUUCAUGGAAACUUCUGAAAUCCCCCUGCAGCCAUGCAGCAAGGAGCUUGAAACCAUUCAAAUGCCAUCUGUCUCUGGCACCAUGGACCUCUGUAACUUGGGCAGUCUGAGUGGAUCAGUUGAUCCUAAGAAACUGCUUGAAAGCAAGGAUUUAUGGAGACAUAAUAGUGAUGACGACAUGUGUCAAAUUGAUGGAGAUGAUUUUACUACAACUGCUAGUGAAGUCAAGUUUAGUCCUGUUUUAAUUGCUGAUAACUUUAACAAGAGUCACGAUUCCAAACAUGAGUGCUCUGGAGAUUGGAGGUGCAAAUUUGACAAGAGCAUAGAGCCAGAACAAGCAGAAGCAAGAUUAGACAUUGAUCAACCAGCUCAAAGGGACAGUAAUAUUUCAUUUCCUUCUGGGGUAUCACUCUCUGAGGAUGAUGAUGAACUUACUGAGUCUAAGAUUACAGCCUUUCUGGACGAGAAGGCUUUAGAACUGAAAAAGUUGCAAACACCUUUAUAUGAAGAGUUCUACAACAGUUUGAAUGCAGCUCUAUCUCCAAUCUUUGCAGAGAGUUCACACGAUGAAACUCUUCCAAAUUACUUGAAAUUACCUCCCAAAAGCAGGUCUCCAAGUCGAGCUCCUGUUGGAACCCCAUCUGCAGUAACUGAUUCUGUUAAUACUGGAAGCCCUGGGAGUGAUACUAGGCGUGUGCCAAAUGUUGGCAAUGCAAAUGAUCAAUCUUCAGAGGAAAAUUCAUCACCUCAGAACAAUGAUCGAAAAGGGCUUGUAGUUGAUGAUCAGCCAGAAUCAAGUAGCCCAAGUAUGAGCUUUUCUGAGAGACAGAAGAAGUGGAAAGAAGAACUUGAUCAAGAGCUUGAGAGAAAGAGGGAGAUGAUGCGUCAAGCAGGUGUAGGAAGUAAAACAUCAUCCCCAAAAGAUCGAGCUUUGAACAGGCAGAGAGAACGGACAAGAUUUGCCUCUCCAAGCAAAUAAAUGGUCAUUCCUAUUGUGAGUUAGAACAUCAGAAUUACAGUUUUGUUUCAGAGUGGAAAGUAUUCAAUAGUGUGGACAGUGUGCUAGGUCUGCGUGAAUACUGAUAAUGUUUGGUGCCACUUGUUGCACCGUAUAGAGUACUGUUUAAAAGAAAAGUUAUGUUUGAAGUUUUUUUUUUCUUUUUUUGAGAGGGUGGGUACAUGUUUCUCAAGUUUGUCAGCAGUGGAUCAAUGUACAAUAAUCAUGAUCAGAAAUGAUUGAUAAGCUUAUGAAAUUUUAUUCCAGUU